AUGGCUUCAACUGAGGCUCCCGAGGCACCAAACAAGGUGCAUGGCACACUAACAAAGUUUCCUCCCAUGCCACAAGGCGCCCGCAUAGAGAAGCGCCCCUUGACCAGGCGCCAGCCUCCAGCAUCAUCAAAGUCCCGUAUCAUCUACGUGUCUUCCAAAACGCCAUUCAUGGCCGCCGUAAAGCGUGCCCGUAAACAGCUCGACGCCUCGCUCAAGACUGAAGGCGCGGCGUCAAAGUACGCGUCGGUCAAUUCGCGUGUUGAGGCUCUCAAGCGAACCGCCGGUGGAGACACGGACAGUGCAGUCGUGACAGUCGCUGGCACGGGAAAAGCCAUCGAGAAGACACUCGCGGUCGCGGGGUGGUUUGAACAGGAGGGUGAUUGUGAUGUCGAGGUCAUGACAAGUACCGUAGGCACGGUAGACGAUGUGGUGGCUAAUGGGGACGCCGAGGACGAGAGCCGCCUGAGGAAGCUCAGUUGCCUAGAGGUCCGGAUCAAGCUCAAGUGA